AUGACGCAAGCGAACAUGUACAUGUACUUAGUGUUUUCAUGUCGUACAAACCAUGUCUCUCGUCUCAGACACGUGUUGCAGCUGUGGAACGUGUUGCGCAUGCAGGGGCGCCGGCCUCAUAAACGCGCACGGGAAGACAAAGACGGGCAAAAUAUAAAGCACAGGCAGCGAUUAAGAUCAAUGUGCCCCCGACAACGCCUGUGUCUCGCGUCACACUUCGUGGAGGAGACACAGGUCUUUGUUGAUGUCUGCAUAAGGCAAGUAGGUCAUGGCGGCCUUAUCGUCUGCUCGCACAUGGCACAAAGUGAAAUUGAUCUACGUAAUCGUUUCGUUCUUGCCUGGUCCUCUGGGCGAAGAGGCUCCGCCUGUGCCCUUAAGACGUACGAGGCGAGGAGAGAGCAAACUGAGACACCCCAAUAUAAAAUGUAGGCGGCGAUUGAGGCCGCGUGGGCCUCCUGUGGCUGAAACACACACACACACACAGAGGGAGGGAGACACAAUGCAUUGAAAGAAUGGAUCAACCCAGAGAGACCACACAGAGAGGAGGCCAUGAAUGAGCACAGCUGACAGCCGCUAUGCCACCACCCUCCCAACUCCCCCACUGAUCGAUGGGCGGAUGCAUUCGGUGUGUGCGUACCCCUUCCUGCUGCGUAUUACUUACUUGAUACAGGGUGUGAGUAUGUGUGUGCCGAGGGCAUCCAGACCGGCUUGGAGCAAUCUGCGGCGUGACGAUCUCGGGGCGGUGGGCUCCCCCCCCACCCUGCCGAGAAACCGUAGUGGACCUUGAAUGAGAACACCUGCAUGGACACACACCCCACACCCCACACACAACACAACGGAUACACACGCCCUCCCUCCCUCCACUGUGCGUGCCGUGCCCUCCUUCCCCUCCCUACGUUGCUUACGGCGCUCUUGUCGCCGAUGUGCAUAGUGAUGAGGAGCCGGUAGCCGACGUCGCACUCGUUGAUGCUGCCGUCCAUAACGACAACACAAACACACAUCUGUGUGGGCGCGGUGCGGUCCAUCCCUCCAUCCAUCCAUUCAUCCUUGGGUGAGUGAAUGGGUAUUUAUGGCACUUACAAGUUGGGAUGCACCUCAAACGACACACUGUCGUUGCUAUGGGCAGCCUUCUGCUGUAGCUGCUGCUGCUCGUAGACGGCCGGGUCGCGCAGCGUAGAACACGAUAUCAGCCGGCCCGACGACAGCGCGUCCCUGCCAUCCGAUGGAACCGGCAAACGGAAAAACUGACCAACACUCAUUCCACACAACAUAAAUUGAGCCUUGUGUGUGUCUCUGUGCUGGAGGGGAGGGGUGUGGGUUUUCGUGCCCA